CACCAUCUUAAGUUCUCCCCACUCCCUGUGCAUUAAGGGAGGCAAGCAAGGGGUAUGGGGUCCCAGAAUGGCCACCCCCCACCCGAAGUCUUCUUCCCCCUUUCCCUGCCCAGCCUCCCAGACUCUCAGGGUGGGGUUCUUUUCCAACUGCCCCUAACACACACACACACACAUGCACAAAGACCUCCCCUAGCCAAACAUGAGACCCUGCCCACCAUGACCCCAACCUGGGGAGGGGUCUUAAAAUGAGGAGUCUCAGAUAUGGUUCUUGCCACUGAUUAGGGUGGUAGCACAGCAAGGGUCUGCUGUGCCCCCCACCCAUCCUUUCCUGGGAGCCAGUGGAGCCUCCCUCCUUCCAGGCACUUUUCCCAGGCCCUUAGGGGCACCAGGGACUCUGUGGGGAAGGGAAUAUUGUCCCCUGGACUAGGACUGAAGCAGUCCAUGUGUUUGGGGGUUCUGGGGUCCCCUCAGGUCUCCUGGCAGGGCCGGGGGGCACGGAGGCCCCGCAGACCACCCUGCACCCGCUCGUGGGCCGCAUUUUUGUGCACACCUUGGACCACGCCACCUUCCUGCGCCUGCCCGAGCAUGUUGCCGCCCCCCCCCACCGCCCGCAUCACCUACCAUGCCCACCUCCAGGGAUACCCAGAUCUGCCUCGGUGGCUCCGCUACACCCAGCGCAGCCCCCACCAGCCUGGCUUCCUUUACGGAGCUGCAACCCCAGAAGAUCGUGGGCACCAGGUCAUUGAGGUCAUAGCCUACAAUAGGGACAGCUUCGAGACCACCCGGCAGAGGCUGGUGCUGUUGAUCGGGGACCCAGAAGGCCCCCGACUGCCAUACCAGGCUGAGUUCCUGGUGCGAAGCCAUGACGUGGAGGAGGUGCUGCCCUCGACACCUGCCAACCGCUUCCUCGCAGCCUUGGGGGGGCUCUGGGAGCCGGGAGAGCUCCAGCUGCUCAACAUCACCUCUGCCUUGGACCGUGGGGGCCGCGUCCCUCUUCCCAUUGAGGGCCGCAAGGAAGGGAGAUCCAUCAAGGGACAUUCCUGGGAAGAUAAGGCCACCUGGAAGAGUGGAGGGCUCUGUGCACUCUCACCACAACCCCAGAUCUCAGGGGUGUACAUCAAGGUGGGCUCUGCCUCGCCCUUCUCCACCUGCCUGAAGAUGGUGGCAUCUCCCGACAGCCAGACCCGCUGUGCCCAGGGCCAGCCUCCACUGCUGUCCUGCUAUGAUACCUUGGCACCCCACUUCCGUGUUGCCUGGUGUAAUGUGUCCCUGGUGGAUCUGUCGGUGCUGGAGCCCGCAGACGACUCACCCACCCCAGGGGAUGGGGUCCUGGAGCACGACCCGUUCUUCUGCCCUCCCACCGAGGCCACGGCCCGUGACUUCCUGACCGACGCGCUGGUCACCCUCCUGGUGCCCCUGCUGGUGGCCCUGCUGCUGGCCCUGCUGCUGGCCUACGUCAUGUGCUGCCGGCGGGAGGGACGGCUGAAGAGAGACCUGGCUACCUCUGACAUCCAGAUGGUCCACCACGGCACCAUCCGCGGGAACACGGAGGAGCUGCGGCAGAUGGCAGCCAGCCGCGAGGUGCCCCGGCCUCUCUCCACCCUGCCCAUGUUCAACGUGCACACGGGCGAGCGGCGGCCUCCCCACGGGGACAGCGCCCAGGUGCCCCUCAUCCUGGACCAGCACUGAGGGCCCGGCUAGAGAACAGCCUCGGCCCACCUGCUGCCUCCAGCCCCUGGCCCACCUAGCCCCCAGGCUGGCAACAAGCCAAGAAGAGGGAGCGGAGAGGUGAGGGGGCCUGGGGUCAGGCCCCUCAAAAUAAAUCCCUGCUGCUCUGCU